UAAGAUUCCCUUUCUGUCCUCUAACAUCGAAUCCCGACAAAACUUGUAUCUGUCGUAUUAUUCUGGUUUUCUUCGCAUUACUCGCUGUCUCUACCUUCCAACUUGUUAAAAAUAUAUACAUAUAUGUUAUCCUCACCAUGUAUCCUCUAGCAAUACACCACCAUGUCUCUCUCCUCAAUUCUAUCUCAAACCCACUAUUUCUCUGAUCAACCCAUAACUACCCUUAUUCUCUUCUUCCUCUUCUUCCUAGUUGCGUCCUACCUAUUCCUCAAACCCAACCUCCGAAACCUACCGCCGGGUCCACCGGGCCUCCCCUUCUUCGGGAACCUUUUAUCUCUUCACCCAGAUCUUCACACUUACUUCGCCGCCUUGGCCCAGAUACACGGUCCAAUUUUCAAACUUCGACUAGGGAGCAAGCUCGCCAUCGUCAUAACUAAACCCACCCUUGCUCGCGAGGUCCUCAAAGACAACGAUACUGUUUUCGCCAACCGCGACGUCCCCGUAGCCGGUAGGAUUGCCGCCUAUGGCGGCACCGACAUAGUAUGGACCCCGUACGGAGCCGAAUGGCGGAUGCUGAGGAAAGUGUGCGUGGUGAAGAUGUUGAGCAACGUCACCCUAGAUUCCGUCUACGAUCUGCGGCGCAACGAGGUGUGCAAGAUGGUGUCGUAUUUGUACGAACGAGCGGGGAGUGCGGUGAACGUGGGGGAGCAGGUGUUUCUAGCGGUGAUGAAUGUGAUAACCAGUAUGAUGUGGGGCGGGGAGGUGGAAGGGGUGGAUAGGGAGAUUUUGGGGGCGGAGUUCAGGGAGUUGGUGGCGGAGAUGACGCAGCUGCUGGGGAAGCCCAAUGUUUCGGACUUUUUUCCCGGGUUGGCCCGGUUCGAUUUGCAGGGCGUGGAGAAAGAGAUGCAGGCGCUGGUGCCCCGGUUCGAUGAGAUAUUUGAAAGGAUGAUUGGUGAACGAGUGAAGGUGAAUGAAAAAGAAGAUGGGAAAAAGAAAGAAAGAAAAGAUUUUCUGCAGUUUUUGUUGGAUCUUAAGGAUUCUGAAGGCCAUGAUUCAAAGACACCAUUCACCAUGACCCACCUUAAGGCCCUCCUCAUGGAUAUGGUUGUGGGUGGAACCGAUACAUCUUCGAACACGAUUGAGUUUGCAAUGGCAGAAAUGAUGCAGAAGGCAGAAGUAAUGAAGAAAGUCCAAGAAGAGUUGGAAGUCGUGGUUGGAAAAGAUAGAAUGGUAGAAGAGUCUGACAUUCAUAAGUUGCAUUACUUGCAAGCAGUGAUGAAAGAAACUCUUCGGUUGCAUCCUGCACUUCCACUUCUAGUCCCACAUAGCCCCAGUGAAACCAGCAACGUCGGAGGCUACACCAUCCCAAAGGGUUCUCGAAUCUUCAUCAAUGUGUGGGCCAUUCAUAGAGACCCUUCCGUUUGGGAGAAACCUCUGGAAUUUGAUCCUACAAGGUUCUUGGAUGAUAAGUGGGAUUUCAGUGGCAAUGACUUCAGUUAUUUUCCCUUUGGAUCUGGAAGAAGAAUCUGUGCAGGAAUAGCAAUGGCUGAGAAGACUGUUCUGCAUCUUCUUGCCACACUUGUGCACUUGUUUGACUGGACAAUACCACAAGGAGACAAGUUAGAAACAGCAGAAAAAUUUGGAAUUGUUCUAAGAAAGAAUGUUCCUCUGGUUGCUAUUCCCACCCCACGCUUCUCCAACCCAAACUUUUAUAAGUAGAAUGUAAUAUAUUAUUCAUGCAUGCACCAAGCAUGGGAGUACACUAUACUAAUAAUAGUUAUGUACCCACCAUGUG